GCUUGUCUCUCACUUAAUAUAUAUAGGCUACCAACGUUACAUUGGCGACGAGGAUAAAAACAAAAGUUGGAAAUGUUAAAAAUGUAUUUUUAUGGAUUUAUUAAUUAGUGACACUGAUAAUUAAACCAUGGCUGCAUCUUUGCCAAAUUUUCCGAGUUUUCCGGUACAUGAAAACAAUGCUGAAAUAAGGUGGCGUAAAUGGAUAAGUAGACUUGAAAAUUUAUUCAUUGGAUUAAACAUAAAGGACAGCAAACGACAAAGAGCACUCUUGCUGCAUUACGCUGGAGAAGAUGUCAACGAAGUCUUUGAUACCCUUGAAAAUACAGGAGAAGACUUUGAUGCCGCUAAACAGAAGUUAACCGCUUACUUUGCUCCGAAAAAGAAUACAGAAUACGAAAUCUACAAAUUUAGGCAAGCCAAACAAACAUCUGAUGAAACUAUCGACAGUUUUCAUACAAGAUUACGCCAGCUAGCUGUAAACUGUGAAUUUACUGAAACAUCUUAAGAAGUAAAAUCGCAAAUUAUCCAAGGUUGUCAUUCAACUAGACUAAGACGAAAGGCUCUUAGGGAAGACACGACCCUUGAAGGAUUAAUUUCAUCAGCUAGAGCGUUAGAACUUUCCGAAAAGCAGGCAACGGAAAUUGAACAAUCAGACAAACAAUCCGCAAAUGCUGUGAGAAAAGGAGUUGGAAAACGCAGAAACGGACCACGAUUUCUACAGACACAAACUGACCAAAACGUAAAGAAAAGGACUACCAAUACUUGCAGAAACUGUGGAGGUGACUUUCCACAUGCAAACAAGUGUCCGGCAUUUGGAAAAAGUUGCAACUCAUGUAAAAAGUUGAAUCAUUUCGCUUCUGUGUGUAGAUCCAAACGUAUGGAUGGAACUAGCACUUUUAAACGAAAAGUAAACAAAGUUGACAAUUACGAACAUGAUGAUGAUCGUGAUAGCAGUUCUGACGAUUGUUACGUUUUUGGAUUACGAGAAAAUACUGUGAAUAAAGUACAUAAAGGACAACCGAAAAUCAACGUGAAAAUCAAUAAUUCUUAUGUGGAUAUUUUAAUUGAUACAGGAUCAAGUAUUAAUGUUAUUGAUGAAAGCACAUUCGAGAACAUCAAGUGUAAACCCAAACUUUCUCACGCUGACACUAAAGUCUUCGCAUAUGGAUCAGAUAAAAACUUGAAAUUAAUGGGAAAAUUUCACGCUACAAUAGAGACUGACCAUAAAAUAAAAACCGCACCGGUGUAUGUGAUGAAAGGAAGAUACGGGAAUUUAUUAUCCUAUGAUACAUCUGUUGACUUAAGCAUAGUGCCAGUCAUUUCGACAGUAGCAGAUAAACAUGAAAUAUUAUGCAAUAAAUAUAGCGAUGUGUUCCAUGGAAUUGGAAAAUUAAAAGAUGAAAAAGUGAAAAUUCAUAUUGAUGGAAGUAUCAAACCUGUAAUUCAACCACAUAGGCGAAUUCCGUUUCACAUUCGAAAGCAAGUAGAAGCAGAACUUGAGAAACUCGAAAAACAGGAUAUAAUAGAAAAGGUGGAUGGACCAACACCUUGGGUGUCCCCGAUAGUUGUGGCCCCUAAACCGAAAAACAAAAACGAAAUUCGACUAUGCGUGGAUAUGAGGGAACCGAACAAAGCUAUUUUGCGUUCACGUCAUAUUACACCAACACUCGAUGACAUGAUCUUGGAUUUAAACGGAUCUAAAGUAUUCUCGAAAAUGGACCUUCGAAGUGGAUAUCAUCAAUUGGAGUUAAACGAAGAAUCCAGGAACAUCACAACCUUCACGACACACGUAGGAUUACGGAGAUAUAAACGACUCAGUUUUGGUGUUUCAUCAGCCGCAGAGUUAUUCCAAAACACACUGAGUAAUGCACUUGAAGGAUUAGAUGGAGUCCGAAAUAUAUCCGAUGAUAUUAUCGUAUUUGGAAGGAACCAGGACGAACAUGAUAAACGAUUGGAAAAACUAUUUGCACGACUUAAUGAGAAGAACUUGACAUUAAAUAAGGCAAAAUGUGAAUUUAAUAAGAACAAACUUGAAUUCUAUGGUCACAUUUUCAGUGCAGAUGGCAUUUCAGCCGAUCCAAGAAAAAUAAGCGCUAUCAGGAACACGACAAUACCGAAAGACGUAAGUGAAAUUCGUAGUUUCUUAGCAAUGACCAAUUAUGUAGGACGUUUCAUUCCAAAUUACUCAACUAUUACUGAACCGCUCCGCAGAUUAACAAAGCAGAAUUCCAAGUGGGAAUGGACAUCUGAACAACAGGAAUCAUUUGACAAGCUAAAGAAUGAACUUGUUGCUGACCGUGUGAUGUCAUACUUUGACCCUAACAAAGAAACAAUGUUGAUAGUAGAUGCAAGUCCCGUUGGAUUAGCUGGAUUAUUAACACAAAAUGGAAAAAUUAUCGCAUACGCAAGCCGAUCAUUGACAGACGUUGAAACACGCUAUUCGCAAACAGAAAAGGAAGCAUUAGCAAUUGUAUGGGCAAUUGAACAUUUUCACCUUUAUUUGUACGGACAAUCAUUUACAUUGGUAUCCGAUCACCAACCGCUUGAAACUAUAUUCAACAGUCCAAAGGCAAAAACACCAGCACGAAUUGAAAGAUGGAGAUUAAGAUUACAGGGAUAUAAUUUCAAAGUACAGUAUAAACCAGGAAAGGUGAACGCAGCUGAUUAUUUAUCAAGACAUCCGACACCGAAUACAUCAAUCGCAUGUAAACAUUCUCAAUUAGCUGAAGAAUAUGUCCGAUAUUUAACUGACAACGCUGUGCCGAAGGCAAUGACCCUUAAUGAGAUAGCUGAAAGUACACAAAAAGAUAAAGAUCUGCAAACCGUAAUUACUGCAUUAAAAUCAAACAGGUGGGACAAGUAUGAGAGUAAUACGCUAGAUACAUUCUCAAGAUUAAAAUACGAAUUAACAAUCGUUCCCGUUAAUGAUAUGGAGAUCAUACUUCAUGAUAAUAGAAUUGUCAUUCCGAAAGAGUUACAGAUGCGUGUAAUUGACCUUGCACAUGAAGGACACCAGGGCAUAGUACGUACAAAACAGUUAUUACGUGAAAAGGUAUACUUCCCUGGAAUAGACAAACUAGUAGAACAAACGUGUAAAUCAUGUAUACCAUGUUUAGCGUCAACCCCGAAAAAUGUUUUCGAACCGUUACAAAUGUCUGAGAUACCGAAUAAUGUAUGGGAGAAUCUCAGCAUGGACUUUUGUGGACCAUUUUCGAAUGGAUAUUACGUUAUGGUAAUAAUUGAUGAAUACUCAAGGUAUCCUGUAAUAGAAACCUUAACCAGUUUAACCGCAAAAUCUGUCAUACCUCUAUUAGACAAAACUUUCUCAAUUUUUGGAAUACCGAAAGAACUGAAAACAGACAACGGACCGCCGUUUAAUUCAGGAGAGUUCCGAAAUUUUGCUGAUAACAUGGGUUUUAAGCACCGCAAAAUAACUCCGUUAUGGCCUCGCGCUAACGCGGAAAGUGAAAGAUUUAUGAGAACUAUAGGGAAAGCAAUUCGUGCAGCUCAAACGGAACAUCGCAGUUGGAAGCAAGAAAUACACACAUUUCUUCGCAAUUAUAGAGCAACACCACACUCAACAACUAACGUGUCCCCGGCAGAACUUUUAUUUGGAAGGAAGAUCAAUACAAAAAUGCCGAACAUUUCAAUAAAUAACCAAGCCGACAGUGAAGUUCGAAAAGAAGACCACAAGAACAAAAUUAAAAUGAAAUCAUACUUCGAGAAAAAACAUUCAGUAAAAGUACCUGAUUUUACAGUAGGAGAUACCGUACUAGUUAAACAGGAAAAGAAAGAUAAACUAUCUACCCCGUACAAUCCUCAACCAUUAACAAUUAAGAAUAAAAAAGGGUAGUAUGAUUACGGCAACGAACGAACAACAAAAAGAUAUCACUCGCAAUUCGUCACACUUCAAAAAGGUUGGGAAAUCUAACAUAAUGACGGAUGAGGAAAUAGAAGAAAUCAUUGAUGAUGACAUACCAAACACACCAUUGAGAAGAUCAUCACGAGAAAAACAAACACCAAAACAUCUCGAUGAUUAUGUGCGUUAAAGAGCUGUGUUACAGGCAUAAUAAUCCUGUGCUCUUUCUGAUGUAUCAGUUAGGUUUGAUGUUGAUUUAUAUGUUU